CUACACUUCCUGUUUAUUUCAGAGGCGAAUGACCUGCUACAGUCGGCUGCUUUAGUUUAUAUGUAGGCUAAUAACCCGUACAGUAGGUUUCUAACACAACAAACAUGGCUCAGCUUGUGUGUUUUGUGCUGGUGCUGCUGUGCGGCGCGGCUCCUCUCGCGGCGGCACCCACAGGGAGCAGCUACCUGCCGGGCACAGGCAGGUUUUGGCACAUCACUGACCUCCAUCUGGACCCCACCUACAAUCUGGCCCCAGACCCCACCAAGGUGUGCUACUCCUCCAAAGGAGCCCCUGCCAAAGACGCCGGCCUGUUUGGAGACUUCCUGUGUGAUUCUCCCUACCGCCUUAUCCAGUCAGCGUUCACGCACAUGGCAACACUCACACAACCAGAGGACUUCAUCAUAUGGACUGGUGACAGUCCGCCUCAUGUCCAUGUUGACGAACUCUCUACGGACACAGUGAUCCAGGUGAUCAGUAAUAUGACCCAGACCAUCAGACAACACUUCCCCAACCUGACUGUCUUUCCGGCCCUGGGAAACCAUGACUACUGGCCACAGGACCAGAUGCUGACCACCACUAACGCCAUCUACAAAGCUGCCGCCCAGCUGUGGAAACCCUGGCUGCAGACUGAAGCUCUGCUCACACUCUCACAAGGCGGUUUCUACUCCCAACUGGUGAAGCCUGGUUUGCGGUUGCUUAGUCUCAACACCAUCCUCUACUACGGCCCCAACAAAGUCACAAGAAACAUGACAGACCCUGCUGGGCAGUUUGAGUGGCUGGAGAAAACUCUGGAGAAAGCUGCUCAGAGCCAGGAGAAGGUGUACAUCAUAGCUCAUGUACCGGUGGGGUACCUGCCGUUUGUCAGAAACACCACCGCUGUAAGAGAAAGCCACAACGAGAGGCUGGUCUCCAUCUUCAGACAGUACAGUGAUGUAAUCGCAGGGCAUUUCUAUGGCCACACCCACCGUGACAGCAUCAUGGUGCUGUUGGACAAACAAGGCAAACCAGUGAAUUCUCUCUUUGUCUCGCCGGCUGUUACACCAAUCAAAGCAGUUUUGGAGCCCUACUCCAACAACCCAGGAUUCCGCAUGUACUUGUACAACCCCAAGGACUACGCUCUGUUGGAUAUCUGGCAGUACUAUCUGAAUCUGACGGAAGCCAAUGAGAAACAAAGAUCUGACUGGAGGCUUGAAUAUAUCAUGACUGAGGCUUUUGGACUGACUGACCUGCAGCCACAAAGCCUGCUCCAGCUGGGCCUGAGCUUGAGGCUGCCGCAGACCAAAGCCUUCGACGUGUACUUCAGUCACUACAUGGUCAGCUACAACAGCAGCAUCAUCUGUGACGGAGACUGUAAGCUUUACCAGGUGUGUGCCGUGCUUUACCUGGACCAGCUGUCCUACUCCAAAUGUCUGGCAGGGCGAGAGUGGUAGCGUGAAUAUGGAUCAACAAAUGAAGAAUUCAUCUCAGGGGUUACAUUUAAUUUUUAAUAUCAUCUUUUUUUUUUUUAGUACUGUGCUGGAGUUAUGAAAAGGGAAAAGCAUUGCACUGGGUCUGCUGCCCCCAAAUAUUAAUCUUACUAUUUUUCUUUUACAUGAUUUUUUUCUCUCUAAGCAAGACCUUUUCUAAGAUAAUAUUGACUGGUAUCAAAAAUGAUCCAGGUGCAAUCUGCAUUACAAAUUGCACAAUUCUAGAGUAAAUCAGUAUUUUAAUACAAACAAAAAAAAAACACUGAUACAGUCCCACAUUGCAUUAAAUCUUUUGCCAUGAUUGGCUGAGAGUGAAACCCGGAUCUGGGUACAAGAAGAUAAAGUGCAGGUAUUGUACUGGAGAAGUUUCUAUACUACUCGGGACUGAGUUACUUCGGUGGAUACCUUAAAGGUAUCGAGUACCAAUGCCCAGCCCUACUAACUCCUCGGGGUCACAGUUUUCUUCUAAAGAGGGGUGGCAGCAUAAAUGUUGAUUAAAAUGUAAUGUAAAAUUCCUGACAGAUUUUCCCCAGGAGUCACAUUUACUUUUUUAUUUUUGAAAUGUUGCUUUUUUUGUUUUUACUCAAAUGCUUGAAUCUUAAAAAGGGAACUACAACAAACUGUUUCUGUCUCCUCAAAAUAAAAAUCCAACUUUUUUACUUUAUUAGGUGAUAUUCCAGCAAAAAUAUUACUUUCUGGUAUUGACUAUGACUGAAUCCAGAUUAUAAAUUACACAAUAUCACAGUAAAUUAGUUUAAUUUUGAGAAAAUACACUAAUACAAAGAGUCGUGAAAAGGGAAAUGGCACAGACUGUUGCAAGAUAUUUAUCUUUAUACAAUUUUACUUUUUUCAACAGAUGAUUUUCCAACUUGGAUUUUUACGAUUUUUACAUUUUGGUAAUGGAAAGUUAUUCCGAUUCAGUUCAGACUAUGCUGAGCAUAAAUAAGUAGUAGAAAAUACCCUGAAGCCAAGCACAUGGACAUCUGAUAGUCUUUGCUGUUUGAAGUGUUCCUUCUCCUUCUUGUCUGCUUCUCAGUUGUAUGAGCGGUGUAGACUCUAUGAGGGAAAUCACUGAAGCAUGAUCACUUUUAGCUGUAGCUCACUUUACAAAACACAGUAAGGUGAAGUAUUUCAUUUGAAAUCUGUUCCACAGAAUGAGUCAAAGCUCGUCAGUCCAACACAUAAGUUCAUUCUCUGUAUCCUGUCUUUCACUAAUGGAUUAUGCCUAAUCUCUGGAAUGAUCUAAUUGCUACCAAAUGUCAAACCAUAAUUCGAGCUGAUGGUGUUGAUUAAUUAUGGGUACUUACAGUGUUUAAGUUGUGGUAAAUGGCAGUUGGAGCAUAUUUAUCUUCCGUGACCUGACAUGUUUCAUUAUGAGUCUGGUUUGAUGACAAGUUGGACUUAAAUCUGAUCCUUUAGAUUUGUUUGGGUGUGAAAAAUGCCGACCAUACUCUCACAGAAAUGCACAUUUACCAGAGGAUAAAAAGGAGAGAUUUUGAUGUAUGGAUACUGAAAAGUUGUUUUAUAUACGUACGGCAUGAGCUAACCGAACAAAUAUUAUAAAAGGAAGGAGAGGGGUUAAGAACUGGUAUUUUUUUAUUUUUUCACUUUCACUUUAAGAUUUGCUCUGACAAAUGUUUGCGUAAAUGUCGCUAUUUUCAUAACUUACAUUCCACAAUAUUGCAUACACCAGCAGUCAAUCACUUCUUUGAAACAUGUUUGUUAAAUAUAAAAGUCCAACAUGACCCCAAGUAUGAAGUGUGUGCAGUAUUUAAUAUGUGUUAAAUCUGUAAGAAUGAUUAAACUUGUAGCAAUUUCCUGUUACAAAUCAAACUGUGAUGUCAACAGCGCCAUUGCAUGAAGAUGUAAAAUAACAUGUCACAUAUCACAGAGAGUGUGCCUCGAUCUAAUUUGCUGUUUAUUUUUCUACUAAAUAAAAACCUUUGUUCAAAGA